AAAAAAUCGCGCACCCGUUCCGAUGAUGAGAAUUAAUAAUAAUUCUGUGAUGAUGAAGGUGGCUUUUGCUGUUGUUGUUAUCAUGAUGAUGCUUGUCUCUGAACUUCAAGGUAUUGAAUUGGACAAGAUGAUUCAAAAUACUAGAUCGGUUACUAAAUUCCAAGGAUUGGGUGAUCGUUUGACACAUACAUUCUUCAGCAAAACUCCAAUUCCAUUGAAUGAAAGUGCUGCUGUUGCCUCUAAUGAAUGGAAAUUGUUAGAUGGUGCUCGUGUAUGUCAUGAAUAUUUGGGCAUUCCAUAUAUUAAUAAUAGAGUUAUUGUCUAUUAUACCAAUAAGGGACAAUUGAGUGGAUUUGGAGUUCAAUUACAUGAGGAAUUAAAGAAUGGAUCAACUGUUCCAGGAUUUUGGACCAAGCUCUCCAAAGAUAGAUAUCAAAUUGAUAUUGCUACUCGUGAUCCAAAGUUUGCAUGCUCUUUAGAUACUGACAUUUAUGGAGGACCAAUUGGUGAUCGUUUAAUUGUCCAACCAGGAAAGCUUAAUUUUGAAAUUCCACUUACUGACAAGUUAGCUACUGCUCGUCAAUUCAUUAAAGGGGCCUGCAUAUCAGGGAUGGGAACCCACUUUGGGUAUGAUGUUUACACUGCUCCACACUUGAGUGGUUGGAGUAAAACUUUGGUUCCAGUUAUUCCAAUGUAUCAUGAAGGUCAAGUUUCUGCUGUCUUAUUCUAUUCACACAGUGUUCAAGAAUGUUAUCCAAUUGGUCAAUGGGAAGGUCCAUUCAUUCCAUGGUUAUUCUGUAAGAACUUUUGUUCUGAUGAUUGUAUGAAGCAUGAAAGUAGUCUUACCAUGUUCACAACAAUGCACUUUUUAUUCCACGAUGCUGAUUUAAAUACUUGUCCAGAAAGAUGUCCAGGUAGUGGAAAAACUAGAUUACACUAAUCUCAGUAAAAUUAUUAUUAUUGAACUGAUCAAUUCGUC